AACUAGCUUUUGUCCAGAAGCACAAGUGGGACUAUUGUUUGCAGGUUGCCACUCCAAGGUGGGCAGAAUACACCUUCUGUUGACCCUUUGUAAGAUCGUAAACUCGAUAUGGCAGAGGUCCAGCGACAUGAUGGAAACGGCAUAGUCCUGUUGUCAAUGAAGGAAUCGGGCGGAGAAAUGGCGCAAGUGACUCCGAAGGACACCAACGGCGGCGUGGACGGAGCGAACGGCGAGGUACCGCCCAGCAGCACCAGCCCCACAUGGCUCAGUCGCUCGGGCUCAGGGAAGAGGCGUGACCGAGGAAUAACCCUCACAUGUCACGGUGUCGGCUACGAGGUCGACGUGAAAGCCAGAGCGUGUGCUAAGGCUGUAAAGAAACAGAUUCUACAAAAUAUCAAUGGCAUCUUUAAGCCAGGUAUGAAUGCCAUCAUGGGGCCCACAGGCGGAGGCAAAACAACCUUACUUGAUGUCCUGGCUGCAAGGAAAGAGCCUGAAGGCCUGUCAGGAGUGGUCCUUGCUGAUGGAGGACCUCUACCCAACAACUUCAAGUGUAUGACAGGCUAUGUGGUGCAGGAUGAUAUCAUUAUGGGCACCCUGACAGUCCGUGAAAACUUGGAGUUCUCCGCCGCCCUGCGCUUACCCACAUCUAUCUCUCACAAGGAGAAGAAGGAGAGAGUCCGACAGGUGUUGGUAGAGUUGGGGCUGACACAGUGUGCAGAGACCAAGGUGGGAACAGAAAUGAUCCGCGGGGUGUCGGGCGGAGAGCGUAAACGGACCAACAUCGGAAUGGAACUUAUCACAGCUCCGCCUGUCUUGUUCCUGGAUGAACCAACCACAGGCCUGGACGCCAGCACAGCAAACGUGGUCAUGAUGCUUCUGCAAAGGCUUUCACAGAGAGGCAAGACAAUCAUCUUUUCCAUCCACCAGCCACGAUUCUCCAUCUUCCGACUCUUUGAUUCCCUCAUGCUGCUGGCCAAUGGGGAAGUUGUGUACCAUGGUGCAUCUGGUCAGGCUUUGGAUUACUUCCAGUCCAUCGGCCAUGAAUGUGAACUCCACAACAACCCUGCUGACUUCUUCCUGGAUGUGAUCAAUGGUGACUCCACUGCUGUGGCAGCCGUCAUGCAGGACAUUGAGAAGGAGGAAAAAAUGGAAGAACUUUCAGUAGAAGUACUGAAUGAAAACAACAAGAAGGACAUUGCCAACAGUGAAAAUGAUGGUGCCUUGUUGAGCCAACAAUACACUAAAUCAAGGUACUACCAGGAAACCAUGUCUCAGUUAGAGCCCCUGGUGGAAAAGCAGGACACGCUGGGAACUAAGUACACCAAACAAGAAGUCAGUUACAGAACCAGUUUCUUACACCAGUGCAAAGUUGUCAUCAAAAGGACUCUGAAGAACUUGGUGCGUAACCCACAAGCAUCAGUUGCCCAGGUAAUGUUGAACAUCAUCUUUGCCUUGAUCAUCGGCAUCAUCUACCUACAGAUAGAUGACAGUGCCUCCACUGGUGUCCAGAACAGAACUGGUGUUUUCUUUUUCCUGGCAACCAACAUGAUGUUCGGCAGUUUGUCUGCUGUGGAUCUCUUUGCCAGAGAAAGGCAAAUCUUUAUCCAUGAGUCAGCCAGUGGUUACUACAGGGUGUCCACCUACUUCUUCUCCAAGAUCUUCUGUGAUGUCAUCCCUAUGCGACUCAUCCCUGUCUCCAUCUUUGGGCUCAUCGCUUACUGGAUGAUCGGGUUACGACCAGAGGUUGGUGCCUUCUUCUUCUUCCUGCUGACCCUGUUCAGCACCACCAUGGCAGCCUCCAGCAUAGCCUUCGCCAUCAGCGCCACCACACCCAUCUUCCAGGUCGCACAGAUCUUCAUCACUCUGGCCUUCAUCUUCAUGCUGUUGAUGGGAGGUUUCCUGGUAAACCUGGGCUCAGUGGGCCCCUGGAUCAACUGGCUCAAGUACUUCAGUAUCGUCAGAUACUGCAUCAAUGGCCUCACCAUCCCCGAGUUCCGUGAUCGUCAGUUCUGCGAUGCUGGGAACAUCACCAGUACUGCUGCACCUGUGGGGGAGCCCAACGUUGUAGGUUCUGUAUGUGUCUCAGGUAACACGUAUAUGACAGUCCAGGAAAUCGACUACACUCUGUUUGGCCAGUGGAGUAACAUGCUGGGGCUGUGGGGCAUCAUGAUCAUCUGUCUGACUCUGUGUUAUAUCCAGCUGCGAAGGAUCAAGAAACUCAAGUAGACGCAAUGGUACAUUCUCAAAA